CGUUUUCCGUAGACGCAUAGGCUACUUGCAUUUUAAGAUGCCUACACACGACAUGUAUUUAUAGUAGGCCUACAUUUUAUGUUGCAAAGCUUUUGGAUUUAAAUAACAGAGCCUAUGGAGGAAGAUUUUAAAAAUUGUUUUAACAGAAUGGAAUGAUAUAUGGGACCGCAGUACACUACAAAGAGGGGGGCGGUCAGCUUUCGGCCAAUCUGGAAGGCGAGCAGCACUCCCUUGCGAGCAAAAUACGUUAAUACCAUUCCGCGAUUCUAGUUCUCAGCAGGCCAUGUACAGACUAACUGGUGGCAGCAGUUUAACGGGGACUGAACAUAACGCGUGAAAGUGUGAUUUCUCUAUUGAAAUAUAGGCUAUAGGCACUUUGUCCUUUGUGUAGGCUAACUUUUCUGGAUCAGCAUUUAAAAUAGGUAGCGUUCUGCUCCUGCCGUAGUAUAGCCUACGGUUGUUGAAACGAGCACUAAAUGCAACAUGUAGCCGAGGCUACUAUAAGGAUGAUUUAAUGAAAUUCAUAAAUCGGAUACACGUUGAUUAGCAUGAUAGCCGAUAAUUUUCAAACUGGCAUGGGCGGAUUGAGCAAUAUUAUUCACAAUAAACUACUGUAGCCAGUAUUAGCCUACGUUAAACAAUUCUUUCUAAAUACAAAGAGUUAAUAAACAAAGAGGCAACAUUUUUCAGCCUGGACGUCAUAGCCUACUACAAUGGGCGUGGGAUCCCACAACGGCUUUCAAAACUCUUGUUGCUGACUUGCAUUAAAAAUAAAGCAAUAUGGUAUACCUAGCCUACCUGAUAUGAGCUAUAUGCGAAAUAAAAUUGUGAUUAGGCUAUUUUAACGAUUAGGCUACAUAUAAGAGGGAUAAUGCGAUCAUAAAAGGGAUAUUUUUGUUUAAUUUGUAUUCUACUGUUGUUGCUUUUCAUUGGUUGUUGAUUUCACUGGGCUUAGCUGAUGAUCCCGAUAUUUUGUCACCAAUCCAAAUCGCCGCGUCUUCCUGGAACAACAGACCAAGACCAAGAUCUAAAGAAUACGCAAAAAGGGGGUGUGCGUGUGUCAGUGUGGUGCACGGAAACCAGCAGAGUAGAAAUGGAGAGUGAGAAGCAGAGAUUUUUUACGCGAAUACUGCAGCGGUGAAUACAUAAAUUAUGACAUAGUAAAACUCACAUAGGUCGAUUGUGCUUCGCUUCAGACCCGAAGUAGCCUACGCACGUGAAAUAUCGGUUUCAACCCGAGGAACGCGAGCCGCAUAAUCGUUUUCAUUAUGCAGGCGUGAAUUACAUACACUUGUACAAGAAGGAAGAGAAGGGGAGCGGAGGGUCUAUACGAUUACACUCCACCGCCGCUAUUCGUCUCCACCCGACUAAAAGGAGGGGGCGAGAAACAGGGGCAGGUAUGUCGAACCGAAAACACCGGGAUAAUCAAGAGAUAUGCGCCCGCAAGGUCCGGGAGCUCGCCCAGUCUGGAGUCAACAAGCACUGCUUCGAGUGCAGUCAGCCCGGGGUGACUUACAUCGAUAUCACCGUGGGCUGCUUCGUCUGCACGUCGUGUUCUGGAAUGCUGAGAGGACUCAACCCUCCCCACAGAGUCAAGUCAAUCUCCAUGACAACAUUCUCCCAACAGGAAGUGGAGUUUCUGCAAAACCAUGGCAAUGAGUCAGACCAGUUGGACAGCAGUCUGGAGCAAGGAAUGCAGUUCCAUUGCCCGACCUGUCUGAGGAGUGGAGAGCUGCCUCAUAGACAUGUAGGGAAGAGGACAUGGUUGUGUGCCUUUGAUCCUAAGACGGAUGGAUGUUUUGACGCCCGCGAUGCUCAGCGGCUAAAGGAAUUCCUUCAGGAUAAAUAUGAAAAGAAGAAAUGGCACAUUUCUAAGAACAAGAAUCGAAGGGAAGUUGAAGGGCCCUGGAGUCCAGGGGCACAGGUUCUGCCAUCCCCCCAUCCUGCCACCCAACCAGCAUCUCAUCCCCACCCCUCUGUGUGGCCCACACGAACACUGGUGAGAGGACGACAUGGCGUCAUUGACACUGGGAAUGGGACAGAGUCUCAGGCUCAACUCUCUUCCUGGGAUAGAGCGCCCUCUGUCUCUCCGGCAGACCUUCGUACAGAUGUCUUCACUGCCCGUCCAUCUCGCUCCCAGAGUUUCAGAGACCCGCAAAUUAAAGACUCCAUGCUAGGUGGCCUGGAGAGACAGCGGCCAAGCACGGUUUCCCCGGGCAUGGGUCCCCAAAGCCACACCCCCUCUUUCCCUGCUCUACCCCGCCCCUCAGCCAGUAGCACUUUUAAAAACAGCUUCACCUUAGGUCGAUCUGUCUCCUCUGUUGGAGGCCCUGCCCCCUUCCGGGCGUUCCCCAAAUCCAUGAGUGUAGAUUUUGGGGGCCUUGGCCAGCACCCUGAGACCAGUUCAACCCCACCUGUCCCACCAUCCCAGGACAGAUAUGCAGCCCUGUCACAGCUGGACAGUGUUUUCUCUGACUCUUCAGGGGCAGCACCCCCUAGUGGUCCUCCACAAUAUAGUGCAGUCUUUGGUAACAGAGUGUCCUCAAGCUCCACUCCUACCAGUUCCCCUGGUCUCACAGAACCAGUCUCCAGCCCCCAAAGUUUUCCAACAUUCUCCAAUCCAUUUACCUCCACUGCCAGCACACAGCCUUCCCUUUCUCCCAGCAACCCUUUUAACAGCGCGUCCACAGGUGAGUCCAGUAAGUUUGUACCCACCACGUCUGCUGUCUUCCCACAAUCGGCAAGCUUUCCAGCUCCCAGCACCCAAAGUUCUUUCCCUGCCCCACCAAACGGCAACCAGGAGGCAAACGGUUUUGCAUCCUUCUCUAAAUCAGAAUCCAAGCCCAGAGCUACUGCUCCUGUAUCUGUCAAUCCCUUUACUGGAACUGUAUAUCCCAGCAGAGGGACUUCACGAAACCCUUUCAUCUGACACCAAGGCCCACCCACUCGCCCCCUCGUCCUUUCCACCCAUUUCAUUCUGGAGAGGAUGUACAGCUUUCAUUUCAACACUUCUUGAGUGUUUCUGCCAUCGGGCUGAGGGAAACCCAUAUGGACCUUCCCCCUGCUCUGUGUGUGCACAUGCACAGGACACUGCACAGCCCUGGGUCUAUUUUGAUAGUAGGGCCACUCCAGGGCUGAGCAAUUUGUUGUAAGUGCACAUGGCUUCUUGCAGGGGCCAUUCCUAGUACCUGUCACUCAGUGCCUGUGGAUAGAUACCCAAGAUCAUGCAGAGAUUGCAUUGUCUUUUCAUUCACAGUAUUAAGACUUUAGCUCACUUAUCAUGGGGGAGGAGUCCCUGGAGGCCCAAAUGGGUACGAUCCAUCUCUGCUGUUUCAUGCAUCAACGUCAGCACCUUCUCAAUGGGACCUCACCUCUGCUAUCAGAAAUAGCCAUCAGUAAUAUAUUCUGCUUGCUUUUAAGCUGUUUGAGACAUUGUAUAUAAGCAAAGAAACACAGGCCAGUGUGUGUGAAGGUUAAGUCAGACAGACAAUAGCAACCAAGGAGUACCCAGCCAGAGCUAAGCAUUUUAUAUGGAAGCCCACAACUCCUAAUGCAUGUAGACAGGAGACUAUAAAUGAAUGGCAUUCCAUACAUACAAUAAAUACAAUAUAUAAAGAGUAUAUUUUGUAUUUUACUUAAAAUGUUAUUUUUUUCCAUGCGUGAUUACAGUCCCAGGCUGCAUGUGCUUGGAGGGCUCAGAAAUGUCUCUGAAUGUAAAGCAAAUGAAACAAGUAAAAUAUACAUUUGUAUGUUAUCUCAUAUUAUGGACCAAAUGUUUUCUUGUGGCAGAGCUAAAUUUGAUUUUUUUCAGCCAAAAGAGCCAAUGAGAAAUUCUUGGUAGAGAAACUUGCCAAUGUAUAUAAUACAUAAUUAAUGUUUCCAUGUGUCUGUGUGCUCAUUAAGUCUUUAUAUAACGUUUAUUUUAAGUUUACCUGAUAUUUGGACACCCAGUGUGUGCAUGCUUGUGUGUGUACUCUUUAUGUUGACACACAUUGGUGAUUCUGAAACAGAAUAACAAAAGCUGGUAGCCUGUUGUGAAUUUGGUAUUCUGGGUGCUUGAUGCAGAUGAAUCAGAAUUACUUUCUUUUUCCCAGUGUCUAAUUAUGAAGGAUUUCAGCAUAUCAGAAUUUCAGUUCUGCUCAGCUCCUAGUAUUCAGAUACUCAUUACCAUUGGGAAUUAAGUAUUUCUGAACGGAAUUCCCAACUCUAUUUCAGAAUUUAAUUAGGGUACAUGUCUUUAACCCAGGUAACAGAUUUUUUUGGUGCUGGUGAAAAAUGUCAGUAUUAAAGACAUUAAAAAUGUCACCAUUUAUGGUUUCCCAGAAUGUUCAGAGGUCAUUCAGUUUAUUGCCAUAAAUAAAAGAGAAUAAGUA